AUGGAACCCAGAAAGACUAGACUCGACGUACCAACGAACAAUAGCAGCGGAUCGUUCCCAGAAGACUUCAUAGGCAGGAGCUGGGAUGGGACCAACAACACAACCAGGAGCAGCUCCCGAUCAGAUCUCAUCCAUGCAUCAGUAUCUCAAUGCCUAGCUCCACCCAUUAAAAAACCCUACCAGCUCUUGCUUAUUGAAUAGAAAUUAAAAUUUAUUUUAAAUCGAAAAUUAUCCACUGAAAGCAUUUUUUUUUAUAUAAUUUUAGUUUUAAUAUAUCCUAGGCUUGGAGUGUCCAAAAAUUUACCAUGCAUUCAAUUAAUAGCAUAUAACAAUACACUAUUCUUUAAUAAAUGGAGUAAGCGGAAUUCUUGACGAAGAGCCUUCAUUAUCUUACAGUGAAGAGUUCGACCCAAAUAACCCCGAUUUUGAAUUUUCCAUCACAAACGUUCCUUUCCUCUGCAGAUCCAAAUCAGGCAGCAAGAGAGCACAACAAUUUAUAGCACGAAGUCGACCAGAAGAAAUCGAGCACAUCGUAGAGGUCGUUUCCCCACAUCUCGGCGAACUGAUGUCAGACCUCUACGGAAACUAUAUGUGCCAGACUCUCUUUCAGAGCUGCUCCGCAAGGCAACGCCUAACCCUUCUGAAUGGAAUGAAGGACGACCUAAUUUCAGUCUCCAAGAACCCUCGAGGGACCCAUUCCUUGCAGACUGUAAUCCGUCUUGCCAGUCUGCCUGAAGAAGAAGCAGUCUACCAGCGAGCUUUCCAAGGCCAUAUUGUUCGUCUCUCCAUGGAAACCAACGCUUCUCAUGUAAUUCAAAGUCUAUUAUCCACCCUCAAAAACCGUCAUUUUAUCAUCCGCGAAAUCGUAGGCCACAUCAGAGAGCUUGCACUAGACAAGCUGGGCUUAUGUGUAAUCAAAAAAUGCGUCAACGAUCCCCAAGUUUUCAAUGAGCUGCUUGGCCAGGCCAUUGUUCUGAUGCAAGAUCCAUACGGAAACUACGCACUUCAGCAUAUGAUUGAUACUUGGCAAGAAGAGUGCUCUUUUCAAAUCAUUAAUUGCAUUAAAGGAAAAGUCGUGCAGCUUUGUAUUCAGAAGUACUCGUCAAAUGUAAUGGAAAAGUGCUUGAAAGAGGAAAGAAUGAGGAGGGAGAUCAUCAAUGAACUCAUAGCUGGCGGAAAAAUUCAAGUCUUGCUAGGGUGUCCAUAUGGCUGCUACGUGCUGAGGACUGCUGCGCUUGAAGCUGAGCCUGAGCUCAGAGAGGGCUUAAGGAGAGCAAUUACUGCAGUGAUUCCUCAGAUCCACCAGAAGAAGCUCAAGCCGCGAUGGGAUGAAAUUUUAUCUUAUCUUAGUUAA